AUGGCGAGCUACCGCUUCCUCAUUCAAAAACUGUCCAGAUUCUUCGCGGGCUGCGAGUUCCUCCAUGUCCCGCGCGCGGAAAAUGAGGCGGCCGACACGCUCGCCAAGAUUGCCUCGUCCUGGCAGUCCAUCCCGUCCGGCGUCUCCCUCGGGCACCGACACAAGCCGCCCGUCAAGCCGUCUCCGGACUCCGAGUCCAUCUAUGUCCCGGACGAUCCGGCCGCGCCUCAACCCGGCCCGGGGACUGCCGAACCCGGCCCGGGGACUGCUGAACCCGGCCCAGAGACUGCUCAACCCGGCUCGGGCGCCGCAGCCGUCGACCCGGCAGCCGUCAUUCCCGACCAGGGGGCUGCUGAACCUGGCUCGGGGGCUGCCGCCCCAGAGCCCGCCAUGGUGGCCGUCUUCACCGUGGUGACGGCGCCGUCAUGGGCCAUGCCCAUCUCAGAGUUUCUGGAGAAUGGGGCCCUCCCCAUGCACGAGACUGAAGCCCGACAAGACAUCGCGGUGCGCUACGGCAUGCCGAACAGCAUCAUCCCGGAAAACGGCACCAACUUCGCCAAGGGGGCACUCAUGCAGUACUGCUCCGUCUCUAGCAUCCGCCUCGACCUGGCUUCCGUGGCACACCCGCAGUCCAACGGCCAGAUCGAGCGGGCCAACGGCAUCAUCCUAUCCGGCAUCAAGACGCGGCUCGUCGAGCCGGUCAUCCUUUCACCCGGCAGCUGGCUCGACGAGCUGCCGACCUUGAAGAUGUUCUGGUAG